AUGGAUCCAGCAAGUGCCGGUCCCUAUGUGAGCUCACCAUUUACAUUGCCACCUUACGAUUCAUUAGGACCAAUUUCAUUGCCCGAUAUUGCCCCUCCAUAUUGCAUUUAUCCUCCAAACACCCCACAAACAAUUCCAACUCCAGCAGGAUACACGCCAUCUUCACCUCCGCCACCGGUUCUUCCCGUUGGAAACCCACCUCCAAGCCCAACCAGUGCCGUACCAGGCCCGCCCGAAUUUACCCCAAUUCCCAAUCCACCUGAAAUUGUACCUAGCCCACCUGGUGUCACUCCAAGCCCGCCCGAAGCUGUGCCUAGUCCACCCAUUAGCAUUCCGGGUACACCCGAAGGAGCCGUGCCUAGUCCGCCGGGUAUCAUUCCAGGUCCAACCAUUUAUGUUCCGAGCCCACCAGAAGCUGUACCUGGCCCUCCUUAUUACGAGCCCAGCCCACCAAGCUAUGUCCCUAGCCCGCCCACCACUUUUGUUCCAUCUCCAACUGGAUCUGUUCCAAGCCCACCGAGUACUUUUCACCCACCCGUGGUGUAUCCACCGCCAACUGGGCCUCCAUCUCCAAGAACAAGCCCAUACUCAGCCUUAUGGUGUGUUGCCAAGCCUUCUGUGCCCGAUCCAAUCAUUCAGGAAGCAAUGAACUAUGCUUGUGGGUCUGGGGCAGAUUGUGACUCGAUUCAACCCAGUGGGUCGUGCUUUCAGCCCGAUACAUUGUUUGCACAUGCUUCCUAUGCUUUCAACAGUUACUGGCAGAGGACCAAAGUUGCUGGUGCCACUUGUUCCUUUGGAGGGACUGCCAUGCUAGUCACCGUUGAUCCAAGUACGAGUAAUGGUUGA